GGUUCCUGGUUUGGGGUCCCAGUGGAGAUCGGGAAUCAUGGACAUUGAGGCAUAUUUUGAAAGAAUUGGUUAUAAGAACUCCACGCACAAAUUGGACUUGGAAACACUGACUGACAUUUUUCAGCACCAGAUCCGAGCCGUUCCCUUUGAGAACCUCAACAUUCAUUGUGGAGAAACCAUGGAGCUGGGCUUGGAGGCCACUUUUGAUCAGGUUGUGAGGAAGAAUCGGGGUGGGUGGUGUCUGCAGGUGAAUCUUCUCCUCCACUGGGUCCUGACCACGAUCGGUUUUGAGAUCACAAUGUUGGGAGGGAAAGUUUACAACACUUCAGCCAGCAAAUACAGUACUGGCAUGACUCACCUCUUGCUGAAAGUGACCAUUGACAGCAGGAACUACAUCGUCGAUGCUGGGUUUGGGAGUUCUUACCAGAUGUGGCAGCCUCUGGAGUUAGUUUCUGGGAAGGAUCAGCCUCAGGUGCCUUGUGUCUUUCGCCUGACAGAAGAGAAUGGAAUCUGGUACCUGGACCAAAUCAGAAGAGAGCAGUGCAUUCCAAACCAAGACUUUCUAAAUUCUGAUCAUUUGGAAAAGAGGAAAUACCGCAAAAUCUACUUCUUUACUCUUGAACCUAGAACAAUUAAAGACUUUGAAUCUGCAAAUGAAUUCCUGCAAACACAUGCAGCAUCUGAGUUUUUAAAGGAGUCAAUUUGUUCCUUGCAGACCCUCGAUGGGGUGUAUUGCUUACUGGGUUUUACUCUGGCUUAUAGGAAAUUCAGUUAUAAGGACAAUAUGGAUCUGGUAGAAUUUAAGACACUGAAUGAGCAAGAAAUAGAAGAAGAGUUGAAAAAUGUAUUUAAUAUUUCCUUGGAGGGAAAGUUUGUGCCCAAACAAAUUCAUCAGUAUUUUACUAUUUAAAGAAC